AUGAGCCUGGGCUGGAUAUAUGGAGACCUUGAGCUGCCCAAAACUCAGGAUCCCCUUCUCAGCAUAGCUGGUAGAAUCCAGAGGAAUGGACUGAGUCCGGCUCAUAACGAACGAGUCUGCAGCACAUGGGGCAAUUUCAACUUCAAAACCUAUGAUGGAGACUUUUUCCAGCUCCUGUCUACAUGUAACUACAUCCUGACGUCACAGUGUUCAAACAGCUAUGAGGACUUCAAUAUUCAGCUGAGGCGGCAGGUCGUCAGUGGCGAGCCCCUGAUCAGCAAAAUCACCAUGAAGCUGGAAGGCACAGUGGUGGAACUUUCCAAAGGCUCCAUCAGUGUGGACGGAAACAACGUCACUCUGCCUUUCAGCCAUUCUGGUGUCCUCAUUGAGAAAAACCCGGCUUACAUCAAAGUCGUCGCUAAGCUAGGACUCGUGGCCAUGUGGAAUGGAAAAGAUGCUUUCAUGGUGGAAUUGGACAACAAGUAUAAAAAUCAGACUUGUGGACUGUGUGGUGACUUUAAUGGAGUCCAGCUUUACAAUGAGUUCAUCAAAAAUGGGGCUGAGAUUUCUCCAUCAGACUACAGCCAGUUUGCAAAGAUGGACGAUCCAACUGAGAGCUGCAGUGAAUCACCUCCUCCAACAGAUGACACCUGCAUGAAACUGACAUCAGUGUGUGAGCAAUUGCUCUCAGGUCCAGCUUUCAGUGACUGUAAAAACCUCGUCUCUCUCAACUACUUUGUCAAAGCCUGUGAGUUGGACAUGUGCCAGUGCAACAGCAACUCCACCAACCUCUGCCUGUGUAGCACCAUCUCUGAGUAUUCCCGCCAGUGCGUGCACGCUGGAGGAAAGCCGAGCCAGUGGAGGACAGAGCAGUUUUGCCCCAAAACAUGCCCUUAUCCAAACAUGGUGUAUCAGGAGUGUGGGAACCCGUGCAUUAAUACCUGCUCGAAUCCUGACCGAGAACAAGUGUGUGAGCAACACUGCAUCGAUGGCUGUUUCUGCCCUCCAGGUUUGGUCCUGGAUGAUUUGACAGACCGAGGAUGCAUUGCUCAGGAUCAGUGCUCCUGCGUUUACAACGGCAAAAUCUAUCACGCUGGUCAGAAUUUCACCAGCAACUGUAAAGAAUGCACAUGUACCGCUAACCAAUGGAGCUGCAUAGAGAAAGAUUGCCCUGGUACAUGCUCUGUAGAGGGUGGAUCUCACAUCACCACGUUUGAUGGAACAACAUACAACUUCCAUGGUGACUGUACAUACAUUCUGGCUGAGCAAACCAACGGUGCUGAGUUUGUGGUUGUAGGCGAUCUGGCGCUUUGUGGUUUGACGACCACUGAAACAUGUCUGAAGGCCGUGACCCUGGCUCUGUUUGGCGGAAGCACCGUGUUUAACAUCCAGCCUGACGGAAAGGUCUUCCUCAACCGAAUCUAUUCUCAGCUUCCUCUUUCUACAGCUGGUGUGAAUAUUUUUCGUCCCACCACAUUUUACAUCAUUGUCCAGACAUCUUUUGGGCUUCAGAUGGAGAUCCAGCUUGUACCCAUCAUGCAGGUUUAUAUCACCGUGGAUGUGACUCACAAGCAAAAUUUACUUGGUCUGUGUGGAAACUUUAAUGACAUACAAAAAGAUGAUUUCAUGACCAUGAGUGGAGCUUGCGAAGGAACUGGUGUUGGUUUUGCAAACAGCUGGAAGACAAGAGCUAACUGUCCUGAAGUAAAGAACACUUUUGAGAACCCCUGCAGUCUCAGUGUGGAAAAUGAAAAAUAUGCUCAGAAAUGGUGCUCCCUGCUGUCAGACCCUAAUGGCGUCUUUGCUCCAUGUCACUCUGAGAUCAACCCAGAUAUCUACCAAAAGAACUGCAUGUAUGACACCUGCAACUGUGAGAACAGUGAGAACUGCAUGUGUGCGGCUCUGUCAUCGUACGUACACAUGUGUGCUGCAAAAGGAAUCCUUCUCACUGGCUGGAGGAGCGAAGUGUGCAUGAAAUACGCCACCAGCUGCCCCAGAACCAUGGUUUAUACCUAUGGCAUCCGCACAAGCAUGCAGUCAUGCCGCUGUCACAGUGACCCAGAUUUCACCUGUGCUGUGACCUUUGACCCAGUGGAUGGGUGCGUUUGUGCUGAAGGAACGUAUCUCAAUGAUAACGGCGAAUGUGUUCUGCUGGAUAAAUGUUCCUGCUACUACAAAGGGUCUGUGAUUCCUCCUGCAGAAGUCAUCAGCAAGGAUGGUGCCAUGUGCACCUGUAAGAACGGCAAACUCAGCUGCAUUGGAUCUUUCACCAGUGAGCCAUCUUGUUCCUCACCGAUGGUGUUCUUCAAUUGCUCUGAUAAUGCUGCAGGAUCUACAGGCUCAGAGUGUCAAAAAAGCUGUAGCACACUAGACUUGGCCUGUAUCAGCACAGAGUGUGUGUCAGGCUGUGUGUGUCCUGCGGGACUUGUGUCUGAUGGGAAAGGAGGCUGCAUUGAAGAUGCUUUAUGUCCUUGCGUUCAUAACAGUAAAACUUACCAACCUGGAGAAUCCAUCAAAGUUGAUUGCAAUACCUGCACAUGCAAGGACAGGAAAUGGCAGUGCAGCACAGAUUUGUGCCACGGAACCUGUACAGUGUAUGGCGAUGGACAUUAUAUCACAUUUGAUGGAAAAAGAUACACUUUUGAUGGAGACUGUGAAUACACUCUUGUCAGAGAUCACUGUGGCCACAGUAAUACCAGUGGCACUUUCAGAGUCAUCACGGAAAACAUUCCCUGUGGAACAACUGGCACCACCUGCUCCAAAGCCAUUAAACUCUUUCUGGGGAGUAAUGAGCUCUUACUAACAGAUGGAAGAUAUGAAGUUAUUCAACGAGGUACAGGAGAUGAAAUUCCCUACCAGUUCAGUAUUAUGGGCAUUUACAUGGUCAUUGAAGCUAAUAAUGGGCUAAUUCUGAUGUGGGACCAGAAGACAAGUAUAUUCAUUAAGCUUAGUCCUAAUUUCAAGGGUGAGGUCUGUGGUCUGUGCGGAAAUUAUGACGGCAACACAAACACUGACUUUACCUUGAGAAAUCAAGGUGUGGUAAACAAUGCACUGGAUUUUGGAAACAGUUGGAAAGAGUCUUCCAGCUGCCCUGAUGCUAGUCAGAUCAAAAAUCCAUGUACCCUUAAUCCCUAUCGGCAAGCCUGGGCUCAGAAACAGUGCAGCAUCAUCAUGAAUGAAGUCUUUGCGGCCUGUCACACUCAUGUUGACCCUACACCAUACUAUUCUGCAUGCGUGAGUGAUGCAUGUGCUUGUGAUACUGGAGGAGAUUGUGAGUGUUUCUGUACAGCUGUAGCUGCUUACGCUGAGGCCUGUAACGAGGAUGGAGUGUGUGUUGCUUGGAGGACACCAAAAAUCUGCCCACUGUUCUGUGAUUACUACAACCCUCCUGAUGAGUGUGAGUGGCACUACAAACCUUGUGGAGCGCCGUGUAUGAAGACUUGCAGGAAUCCUGAUGGAGAGUGUUCCAGUCAGAUCCCACCACUGGAAGGUUGUUACCCAGAAUGUCCUGAUGAUCAGCCAUAUUUUGAUGAGGACACAAUGAAAUGCGUGGAGAAGGAAAGUUGUGGCUGCUAUUACAAAGCAAAACAUUACAGCAAUGGAGAUGAGGUCCCAAGCACAGAAAACUGUCAGAAAUGCUAUUGCAGUUCAUCAGAAAUCAACUGUGAAACAGAUGAUGAUGCUUGUACCUGCCUAUAUGAUGGAAAAAUAUAUCAUUAUGGUGACACAAUCUAUAAUACUACUGAUGGAUAUGGCUACUGCAUCACAGCUAAGUGUGGAAAGGAUGGAAAAAUAGAAAGGACAUCAUAUGGUUGCUCUACAACCCUACCACCAACAAUAAGUGUCUUUGACUUCAGCUCAACAACAGUGUCAUCACAACCAACAACUACAAACGGACCAACAUCAACUACAUGCCAGCAAUCAUGUGAAUGGUCAGAAUGGUUUGACACAACAUUCCCAACCCCUGGUCCCAGCGGAGGUGACUCUGAAACAUACAAAAAUAUUAGAGCUGCUGGUUACAGGAUCUGUGAGCAUCCAUCCCAAAUUCAGUGCCGGGCAGAAAAGUAUCCAAAUAAAAGCAUAAGUGAACUUGGACAGAAUGUGGAAUGUAACAUUGACAUAGGUUUGCUAUGCAAAAAUGAAGAACAAUCGGGUGCAUUUCGAUUAUGUUUGAACUACCAAAUCCGGGUUUAUUGUUGUGAAUUACCAAAAGGGUGUACAACAGCCAGCAUACCAUGCAGAGCAAAGCUCUACCCUGGUCUUUUGCUUUCACAGUUGGGUCAGGUAGUGACAUGUAAUGCCCAAGAUGGACUAAGUGUAUUGUUGUGGAUUUCCAAAAUGGUGUACAUCACCACCAACAACAACCACACCAACUACAACACCAACUACCACACCAACAACUACCAAACCACCAACUACAACAACACCAACAACUACAACACAACCAACAAUAACACCAACUACAAAACCAAAAUCUACACCACCAACGACAACUGCUACAACACCAUCAACACCACAAACAACUCCAAAAACUACAACACCAACAACAACACCAAAGACACUAAUAACAAGUACAACACCACCAACUACAUCUACAUCAUCAUCAGUACCAAAAACAACAAAGGAAACCACUCAAACAAGACCACAUUAACUACCACACCAACUACCACAACAACAACGACCACACCACCAACAACUACCACACCAACUACAACAACAACAACUACAACACAACCAACAACAACAAUGCCCAUACCUUGCACGGAUAAAUGCUCUUGGUCUGGCUGGAUGGACUUUGGCCCUCCUACAACUGGUCCUAAUGGUGGUGAAAUUGUACCAAUGAAGAGGAUAAGUGAAAAUGAUCCUAAUAUCUGUUCCACCCCAACAAAAGUUGAAUGCAGAGCAAAGCUCUACCCUGGUCUUUUGCUUUCACAGUUGGGUCAGGUAGUGACAUGUAAUGCCCAAGAUGGACUAAUUUGCCUCAACCAAAAUCAGGGUCCUCAACAGCAGUGCUUUGACUAUGAAAUUAGAGUGUAUUGUUGUGGAUUUCCAAAAUGGUGUACAUCACCACCAACAACAACCACACCAACUACCACACCAACAACUACCACACCACCAACAACUACCACACCAACUACCACUCCACCAACAACUAACACACCAACUAUAACAACAACAACUACCACACCAACAACGACCACACCACCAACAACUUCCACACCAACAACAACAACAACUACAACACAACCAACAACAACACCAACUACAACAACUACAAAACCAAGCACAACAACUACUACUUUGGGUCAGGUAGUGACAUGUAAUGCCCAAGAUGGACUAAUUUGCCUCAACCAAAAUCAGGGUCCUCAACAGCAGUGCUUUGACUAUGAAAUUAGAGUGUAUUGUUGUGGAUUUCCAAAAUGGUGUACAUCAACAACAACCACACCAACUACCACACCAACAACUACCACACCACCAACAACUACCACACCAACUACCACUCCACCAACAACUAACACACCAACUAUAACAACAACAACUACCACACCAACAACGACCACACCACCAACAACUACCACACCAACAACAACAACUACAACACAACCAACAACAACACCAACUACAACAACUACAAAACCAAGCACAACAACUACUACUGCAACUACAACACCCCAAACAACUACAACAACAACAACUAACACACCAACUACAACACCACCAACAACUAACACACCAACUAUAACAACAAGAACUACCACACCAACUACCACAACAACAACGACCACACCACCAACAACUACCACACCAACUACAACAACAACAACUACAACACAACCAACAACAACAAUGCCCAUACCUUGCACGGAUAAAUGCUCUUGGUCUGGCUGGAUGGACUUUGGCCCUCCUACAACUGGUCCUAAUGGUGGUGAAAUUGUACCAAUGAAGAGGAUAAGUGAAAAUGAUCCUAAUAUCUGUUCCACCCCAACAAAAGUUGAAUGCAGAGCAAAGCUCUACCCUGGUCUUUUGCUUUCACAGUUGGGUCAGGUAGUGACAUGUAAUGCCCAAGAUGGACUAAUUUGCCUCAACCAAAAUCAGGGUCCUCAACAGCAGUGCUUUGACUAUGAAAUUAGAGUGUAUUGUUGUGGAUUUCCAAAAUGGUGUACAUCACCACCAACAACAACCACACCAACUACCACACCAACAACUACCACACCACCAACAACUACCACACCAACUACCACUCCACCAACAACUAACACACCAACUAUAACAACAACAACUACCACACCAACAACGACCACACCACCAACAACUUCCACACCAACAACAACAACAACUACAACACAACCAACAACAACACCAACUACAACAACUACAAAACCAAGCACAACAACUACUACUGCAACUACAACACCCCAAACAACUACAACAACAACAACUAACACACCAACUACAACACCACCAACAACUAACACACCAACUAUAACAACAAGAACUACCACACCAACUACCACAACAACAACAAACACACCACCAACAACUACCACACCAACUACAACAACAACAACAUUGGGUCAGGUAGUGACAUGUAAUGCCCAAGAUGGACUAAUUUGCCUCAACCAAAAUCAGGGUCCUCAACAGCAGUGCUUUGACUAUGAAAUUAGAGUGUAUUGUUGUGGAUUUCCAAAAUGGUGUACAUCACCACCAACAACAACCACACCAACUACCACACCAACAACUACCACACCACCAACAACUACCACACCAACUACCACUCCACCAACAACUAACACACCAACUAUAACAACAACAACUACCACACCAACUACCACACCAACAACGACCACACUAACAACGACUACCACAACAACAACUACAACACAACCAACAACAACAAUGCCCAUACCUUGCACGGUUGAAUGCUCUUGGUCUGGCUGGAUGGACUUUGGCCCUCCUACAACUGGUCCUAAUGGUGGUGAAAUUGUACCAAUGAAGAGGAUAAGUGAAAAUGAUCCUAAUAUCUGUUCCACCCCAACAAAAGUUGAAUGCAGAGCAAAGCUCUACCCUGGUCUUUUGCUUUCACAGUUGGGUCAGGUAGUGACAUGUAAUGCCCAAGAUGGACUAAUUUGCCUCAACCAAAAUCAGGGUCCUCAACAGCAGUGCUUUGACUAUGAAAUUAGAGUGUAUUGUUGUGGAUUUCCAAAAUGGUGUACAUCAACAACAACCACACCAACUACCACACCAACAACUACCACACCACCAACAACUACCACACCAACUACCACUCCACCAACAACUAACACACCAACUAUAACAACAACAACUACCACACCAACAACUACCACACCACCAACAACUACCACACCAACAACAACAACUACAACACAACCAACAACAACACCAACUACAACAACUACAAAACCAAGCACAACAACUACUACUGCAACUACAACACCCCAAACAACUACAACAACAACAACUAACACACCAACUACAACACCACCAACAACUAACACACCAACUAUAACAACAAGAACUACCACACCAACUACCACAACAACAACGACCACACCACCAACAACUACCACACCAACUACAACAACAACAACUACAACACAACCAACAACAACAAUGCCCAUACCUUGCACGGAUAAAUGCUCUUGGUCUGGCUGGAUGGACUUUGGCCCUCCUACAACUGGUCCUAAUGGUGGUGAAAUUGUACCAAUGAAGAGGAUAAGUGAAAAUGAUCCUAAUAUCUGUUCCACCCCAACAAAAGUUGAAUGCAGAGCAAAGCUCUACCCUGGUCUUUUGCUUUCACAGUUGGGUCAGGUAGUGACAUGUAAUGCCCAAGAUGGACUAAUUUGCCUCAACCAAAAUCAGGGUCCUCAACAGCAGUGCUUUGACUAUGAAAUUAGAGUGUAUUGUUGUGGAUUUCCAAAAUGGUGUACAUCACCACCAACAACAACCACACCAACUACCACACCAACAACUACCACACCACCAACAACUACCACACCAACUACCACUCCACCAACAACUAACACACCAACUAUAACAACAACAACUACCACACCAACAACGACCACACCACCAACAACUACCACACCAACAACAACAACAACUACAACACAACCAACAACAACACCAACUACAACAACUACAAAACCAAGCACAACAACUACUACUGCAACUACAACACCCCAAACAACUACAACAACAACAACUAACACACCAACUACAACACCACCAACAACUAACACACCAACUAUAACAACAAGAACUACCACACCAACUACCACAACAACAACAAACACACCACCAACAACUACCACACCAACUACAACAACAACAACAACUACAACACAACCAACAACAACAAUGCCCAUACCUUGCACGGAUAAAUGCUCUUGGUCUGGCUGGAUGGACUUUGGCCCUCCUACAACUGGUCCUAAUGGUGGUGAAAUUGUACCAAUGAAGAGGAUAAGUGAAAAUGAUCCUAAUAUCUGUUCCACCCCAACAAAAGUUGAAUGCAGAGCAAAGCUCUACCCUGGUCUUUUGCUUUCACAGUUGGGUCAGGUAGUGACAUGUAAUGCCCAAGAUGGACUAAUUUGCCUCAACCAAAAUCAGGGUCCUCAACAGCAGUGCUUUGACUAUGAAAUUAGAGUGUAUUGUUGUGGAUUUCCAAAAUGGUGUACAUCACCACCAACAACAACCACACCAACUACCACACCAACAACUACCACACCACCAACAACUACCACACCAACUACCACUCCACCAACAACUAACACACCAACUAUAACAACAACAACUACCACACCAACUACCACACCAACAACGACCACACCAACAACGACUACCACUACAUCACCACCAACAACAACCACACCAACUACCACACCAACAACUACCACACCACCAACAACUACCACACCAACUACCACUCCACCAACAACUAACACACCAACUAUAACAACAACAACUACCACACCAACAACGACCACACCACCAACAACUACCACACCAACAACAACAACUACAACACAACCAACAACAACACCAACUACAACAACUACAAAACCAAGCACAACAACUACUACUGCAACUACAACACCCCAAACAACUACAACAACAACAACUAACACACCAACUACAACACCACCAACAACUAACACACCAACUAUAACAACAAGAACUACCACACCAACUACCACAACAACAACGACCACACCACCAACAACUACCACACCAACUACAACAACAACAACUACAACACAACCAACAACAACAAUGCCCAUACCUUGCACGGAUAAAUGCUCUUGGUCUGGCUGGAUGGACUUUGGCCCUCCUACAACUGGUCCUAAUGGUGGUGAAAUUGUACCAAUGAAGAGGAUAAGUGAAAAUGAUCCUAAUAUCUGUUCCACCCCAACAAAAGUUGAAUGCAGAGCAAAGCUCUACCCUGGUCUUUUGCUUUCACAGUUGGGUCAGGUAGUGACAUGUAAUGCCCAAGAUGGACUAAUUUGCCUCAACCAAAAUCAGGGUCCUCAACAGCAGUGCUUUGACUAUGAAAUUAGAGUGUAUUGUUGUGGAUUUCCAAAAUGGUGUACAUCACCACCAACAACAACCACACCAACUACCACACCAACAACUACCACACCACCAACAACUACCACACCAACUACCACUCCACCAACAACUAACACACCAACUAUAACAACACCAACUACCACACCAACUACCACACCAACAACGACCACACCAACAACGACUACCACAACAACAACUACAACACAACCAACAACAACAAUGCCCAUACCUUGCACGGUUGAAUGCUCUUGGUCUGGCUGGAUGGACUUUGGCCCUCCUACAACUGGUCCUAAUGGUGGUGAAAUUGUUCCAAUGAAGAGGAUAAGUGAAAAUUAUCCUAAUGUCUGUUCCACCCCAACAAAAGUUGAAUGCAGAGCAACGCUCUAUCCUGAUCUUUCCCUUUCACAGUUGGGUCAGGUAGUGACAUGUAAUGCCCAAGAUGGACUAAUUUGUCUCAACCAAAAUCAGGGUCUUCCACAGCAGUGCUUUGACUAUGAAAUUAGAGUGUAUUGUUGUGGAUUUCCAAAAUGGUGUACAUCACCACCAACAACAACCACACCAACUACCACACCAACAACUACCACACCACCAACAACUACCACACCAACAACAACUAACACACCAACUAUAACAACAACAACUACCACACCAACAACGACCACACCAACAACGACUACCACAACAACAACUACAACACAACCAACAACAACAAUGCCCAUACCUUGCACGGUUGAAUGCUCUUGGUCUGGCUGGAUGGACUUUGGCCCUCCUACAACUGGUCCUAAUGGUGGUGAAAUUGUACCAAUGAAGAGGAUAAGUGAAAAUGAUCCUAAUAUCUGUUCCACCCCAACAAAAGUUGAAUGCAGAGCAAAGCUCUACCCUGGUCUUUUGCUUUCACAGUUGGGUCAGGUAGUGACAUGUAAUGCCCAAGAUGGACUAAUUUGCCUCAACCAAAAUCAGGGUCCUCAACAGCAGUGCUUUGACUAUGAAAUUAGAGUGUAUUGUUGUGAAUUUCCAAAAUGGUGUACAUCACCACCAACAACAACCACACCAACUACCACACCAACAACUACCACACCACCAACAACUACCACACCAACUACCACUCCACCAACAACUAACACACCAACUAUAACAACAACAACUACCACACCAACUACCACACCAACAACGACCACACCACCAACAACUACCACACCAACAACAACAACUACAACACAACCAACAACAACAAUGCCCAUACCUUGCACGGAUGAAUGCUCUUGGUCUGGCUGGAUGGACUUUGGCCCUCCUACAACUGGUCCUAAUGGUGGUGAAAUUGUACCAAUGAAGAGGAUAAGUGAAAAUGAUCCUAAUAUCUGUUCCACCCCAACAAAAGUUGAAUGCAGAGCAAAGCUCUACCCUGGUCUUUUGCUUUCACAGUUGGGUCAGGUAGUGACAUGUAAUGCCCAAGAUGGACUAAUUUGCCUCAACCAAAAUCAGGGUCUUCAACAGCAGUGCUUUGACUAUGAAAUUAGAGUGUAUUGUUGUGGAUUUCCAAAAUGGUGUACAUCACCACCAACAACAACCACACCAACUACCACACCAACAACUACCACACCACCAACAACUACCACACCAACUACCACUCCACCAACAACUAACACACCAACUAUAACAACAACAACUACCACACCAACUACCACACCAACAACGACCACACCACCAACAACUACCACACCAACUACCACACCACCAACAACUAACACACCAACUAUAACAACAACAACUACCACACCAACUACCACACCAACUACCACACCAACUACCACACCAACAACGACCACACCAACAACGACUACCACAACAACAACUACAACACAACCAACAACAACAAUGCCCAUACCUUGCACGGUUGAAUGCUCUUGGUCUGGCUGGUUGGAUUUUGGCCCUCCUACAACUGGUCCUAAUGGUGGUGAAAUUGUACCAAUGAAGAGGAUAAGUGAAAAUUAUCCUAAUGUCUGUUCCACCCCAACAAAAGUUGAAUGCAGAGCAACGCUCUAUCCUGAUCUUUCCCUUUCACAGUUGGGUCAGGUAGUGACAUGUAAUGCCCAAGAUGGACUAAUUUGUCUCAACCAAAAUCAGGGUCUUCCACAGCAGUGCUUUGACUAUGAAAUUAGAGUGUAUUGUUGUGGAUUUCCAAAAGGGUGUCCAACAUCACCACCACCAACACCUACAACACCACCUGCAACAUCACCAACAACAAUGACUCCAAAAUCAACUACACCACUAACUACAGCAACAACGCCUAAAACUGCAACAACAGCAUCUCCAACAUUUCCUGUCAUAACUGCCUCCACAUCAAAACCUGUUACAGCCCAUCAGUGUCAUUGCAUUCUUAAUGGAACUCUAAUCCCACCAGGCAUAUGCAGUGGCUUUGGAGACCCACAUUACAUCACUUUUGAUGGAAAAUACUACCCAUUUCAAGGAAAUUGCUCCUAUGUCCUUGUCAAAGAGAUAAAUCCAAAAUACAACUUCAGUGUCAUUAUUGACAAUGUCUACUGUGACUCUGAAGAUGGUCUCUCCUGUCCUAAAUCACUAACAGUGUACUACAAAUCCUUUGAAAUUUUCAUGACACAGAAGAUUGCUAAUGGAACUGUCAUGAAUCUGAUUGCCAUCAACCACAAGCGAGUCUCUCUACCAUAUGAGAACGAGUACUUCCGAGUUACAGACAAUGGUAUUGAAUCGCUUGUGGUUAUACCAGCAAUUGAUGCACAGGUCACCUUCACUGGCAUGAUGUUUUUCAUCAACCUCCCAUGGCAAAAGUUCCAUGGAAACACUGAAGGACAGUGUGGAACAUGCAGUAAUAACCAGACAGAGGAUUGUCGCCUACCAAAUGGCACCAUUAUUUCCUCCUGUGAAGCAAUGGCUCCAUAUUGGAAUUAUUAUGAGGAAGCCUGCAACUAUGAUGUGUGCCGCAUGAACAACCAGACCAUCGGUUGUACCAGUUUGCAGGCAUAUGCUGAACAGUGUGCUCUGGAAGGAAUCUGCAUCGACUGGAGGCCAGCCACGAAUGGCGUGUGUGAUUUCAAGUGUAAUAAGCCCAAAGUGUACAAAGCUUGUGGACCUCAGAUUCCACCAACUUGUGAUUUAAGAUUUAAUACCAAAUUUAUUAGUACACCCAGUGCAUUUAGUGCUUUGGAAAGUAUGCUGUGGGAAGGCUGCUACUGUCCAGAAGGCAUGAUAGAGUUGAGUCCAGAUUCAAAUGUCAAUGAGACUUGGGUCUCAGAUUGUUUGAGCUGCACGUGUGAAGAGAGUCUGACAGUGAGCUGUAUGCAUUUGCCAUGUCCUACACAUGAGCCUGUUAACUGUGAUGCAAAUUUAGGACAGAUGAAGGUCCAAAAGACUGUGGAUUGCUGCCAGUAUGACAUCUGUGUGCCUGAACAUGUCUGUGUAUUUAAUGGCACAGUAUAUAAGAGCUCCCUCUGGGAGCUGAAAUCCUAUGAGAACAUGAGUAGGAGGAUGGUUGGGGGUUCAGGCAUAGACAUGGGUUUGGGUGUGGACUCAGACACGGAUUCAGUCCUAGAUGUGAGAUCAGACAUAGGCCUGGAUAUGGGCUCAGGCAUGGACGUGAGUGCCAGACUAGACAUGGACAUGUGCUCAGAAAUAGACAUGGAGCUGGACUCUGACUCUGGACUAGACAUGGACUUGUGUUCCAGACUAGACAUGGGUUUGGGAUUGGACCCUGCACUGUAUAUGGAUUCAGGCAUAGAUAUGGUUUCAGGCAUGACUCUACACUUGAGCAUGGGCAUGGAUCCUGGCCUCAGCAUGGGCAUGAAUUUGAACAUGGGCAUUGAAACAGCAAUCCCAUUGUGUAAGGGAUAUGAGUACCAGCCUGUUCAAGGAAAGUGCUGUGGGAAAUGUGUGCAGAUUGCCUGUGUGGUAACAUCUGGAAAUAUAACUGAAGUUAUCAAGGUGUAUGUUGAGGUAUCAGGUUCUGAUGGUUGCAUCUCACAACACCCUGAGGUAACUCCACUAAGUAAGACCUCGGAGCAGAGUGUUUCUGAAGCACUCUUCCUGACGCUCUUGCAUCCGUCACCCAUACCCACUCUCCUGGUGGCAGACAACUGA